UCUCCUCUAUUUAAAACCCUCCCUAAAAUAAUAUAUCUCUACUAUUUCAUUCAUAUCCAAGAUUCAGAUCUAGAGAUAGAGAGAGAAAAAUCAAGCUCAAAAAAAUGCCAAGCAACACUAGCACCAAAGUGGGCUUAAUGAAGGAGAACAUGAAGCCAUUUCCUAGGGCAAGGGCAUUAUCGUCCAAGGAAAACAGAGGAAAUGUUGAAACAGGGGAAACUUCUUUUAGGGUAUACUAUGGGGAAACAGGUGCAGCAGUACCUUUUAUGUGGGAAUCUCAACCAGGUACACCUAAACACCCUAUUUUUGACAAAAAUGACAAUAUUCUCCCUCCCCUUACACCCCCACCUUCUUAUUGUGGUUCACGUACAUUUGGCGACCCUUCUAAGAAAGGCCGAAAAUAUAAAGUUUUUCGUGCUAUUUUUUACUCAAUUGCUCGAAAGAGUCACUCCCAUGUAACACCAACAUCUUCGUUAUCAUCUUGUAACUCUUACUCCAGCCCGUUAUCAUGGUCGAGCUCAUCAACGAGCUCGACCUCCCCUCAAACGUCGCCUCGAAGGAAGUGUAACAAGGCUCGUAGUCAUAGGAGGAGCUUCUCAUUUUGCUCCCCUAGGGAAAAAUCUCCUCUUUUUUAUGAAGGAGAAGAGGAUAAAAAUGUGGAAUAUUCUACUUCAUCAAUGUGCUUUGGGUUUAAGAAGCAACAAGGGUGCUACUCUAUGCAAUAAAAAUUAUGGUUUAAGGGUGUGAGAGAUGAAAUGAUUGUAAUUUGUACAUCAUAAUCUUUGAGAGUUAUAAUUAUUAAUUAGCUUUGAUAAUCUUAGCUUGUUUUUUGGCUGAGUUUGAAUUAGCAAAAGGGUUUAUUUGGGUAGUUUCUUGCUACCAUACCCUUUUCCAGCGUAUUUAGAGUAUAAUUAAAUGUAUUGUAUGUAUGAAACAUCAAAACCUGUUUAUGUUCAAAUGAGCAAAAGAAAAUAGUUUCGUGUGUA